AGAGCAAGUUUAAUUUUCUCUUUGAUAUUUAUACAUUUCUGACACUGGCUGUGCAUUGGAGGGUGGGGUUACCACCUCCUCAGUCACACUGGUCAAAGCAACAGUCCAUCACCUUCUCUCCCCCUCCAGAAAGGAAUGCAAAACAACAGACAGUUAGAAUAGCAUUGACUUUUGUUUAUGUGAAAAACUGUGAGAACUCUGACUCCAAAAAUGUAAACUUCAGAAGGCUAAGAAGAACUUUAGAAGAACAGGGUGACACCACCCUACCUGCUCCUCUCUGGAGCAAUAGCACAAGAGGCUCCUGUUCAUGGUAGUUCUGUGCUUUUGGACAGGUCAGCAGCAGUUGGAACAAUCACUCUGGGCCAGAUGCUGAAAAUUGCCCUCGGGUCAUCAAGAGCUGGAUUCGUGGACUUUGAGACACUGCACAACCUCCUGAAUGCGCUGCUUUUACACCUGGGUCUGCGGGACCUGCUUGUCCAGGAGAACGGGGAACCACUGGAGGGGGCCGAGGAAAGCCCUUUUGCUUUCCUGAAGGACUUGAAGCAGAGACUGGAAGCCAGUGAAAGAGAACUCGCAGAGGUAGAGGCUCUUCCCAGCCCUGGGUGCUCCUGCCAAGCCACCCCCCUCCUCUGAUGUCUGAACCCCUCAUGCUGCAGGGAGCUGCUGCUGAGGAUGUGCUGAAGGCCAAGUACUGCCCAGGCCAGGCCCCAGCUCUGUGCACACCAUGGUGGGUGUGAAGGGCCACAGGGACCCUGCCCUGGGGCUCAGCCCACCAUUCCCCUCUCCCAGAUGCGGGCUGUCUGCCAGGAGCUGCGUGAGGAGGUCGUUGAGAUGAAGGUGGAGCAGUCCCUCAUGGCAGAGGAUAUGCAGAAGGUCACAGAGAAUUUUGACAUGGUGAGCUGCCACUGGUGCCCUCGGGAGCUGCCCCUCGCUGCGCUGCCCUUCUGCCCCUGCCCUGCAGCCCUUGGGGGCUCCCAGCGUGAAGGGCACCUGGAGAGCAGAGUGGGAAGGGUGUGCUAAGAGCAGAAUGUGGGUGCUCAUCCCAACCCCCCUGAAGCCCCCCACUCUCCUCCUGCCAGCACUGCCCUGGGGAGGGCAGAAGGGCACCCCUGCCCACAGAUCAGGCUGAUGGUAGAGGUCACUGCUUCCCUCAGACAAGGCUGCUGAGGCAUUUGUGAACUCAAAAGCCACCAAAAAAAGCAACCUGAGUCCUGGGAAGGUGGGGAGACAGAGGUGCACCUGUGAAAUACAGCCACAGCCACUUGGCAUAGCCCUGUCCAGGAUCCCUCUGUCUGUGGCCAAAUUAAUUUACAAAUGUCCCUUUUAAAUCCUGCUCCUGUGUUCUGACUCCUGUCCCUGUCCUUGCCCUGCUCCAGGAAAAUUUCCAGAAGAUGAUGGAGGACCUCCGUACCCAGAUGUUGGAUGCACUCAUGGUACGUCCUUGAGCACACCCAGGGCCUGCUCCAGGUCAGGGUCCCCCUACAUCAGGGCAUGGUCCCCAGAAAUUUGCAGGGGGGGCAACACUUCUCUGGAUCCCAUCCUGCCCCCAGUUACAUGGAUGGCUCUGAUGCCUUCCUUCCCAAAAAAAAGUCUGGAAAUGAGGCUGAUACUCUCCCCAGCCCGAGAGGAGGUGAGAAACAGUGUGUGGGAUGUGCUGGGGGACAUCCUGGUGAACAGGAAAGCAAGAGAAGGAGGAGGAAGGGGAGACCAAGGGCUGGCAGUGGAGUGGAAUUGCAGCCCCCAGCACCCUGCCGAGGUUGCUCAGGACUCCUCUUCCCUGUGCAUCCCACCAGGAGAAGGAGCUGGCAUAGGCUGAGCCAGGGCAGCUCCUCAGCUGGCCUAAUGUGUGCUCCCAGCUUGUCUUCUGCUCAGAAACGGGUGGGAUUCUGUUCAGGGUGGUGGGAGAACCCAGCUGGUACCUCCCUGGGGCCAGGCUGCAUUGACAUCCCACAACAGCCCCUCCUUGCAGGACCAUGGCUCCUGCCCUCUGGAGCAGUGGCUGGGACCUGGGGACAGCAGAGGGACGUUAUGGGGCAGGUCUGGGAUACUGAAUCCCGUUGCUGGAGGGAAGAAUGCCUUGCUGUUGUAUCAGAUGGCAUCAGUCAGGUGUUAGCUGAUCCCCUGGGCUGGCUGGUAAAACCACGGUCAUGGAGGUGCCAAAGGACUAAACUGGCUGGGGAGGAACAUUCUGAAGUUCAGCAAAGCCAAGUGCAGGGUCCUUCACCUGCGGAGGAACAACCCCAGGCACCGGCACAGGCUGGCACUGACCGGCUGGAAGAGCAGCUCUGUGAGGAAGGAGCUGGGGGUCCCGGGGGACAAUGAGCUGGCCGUGACCAGCGCCGUGCCCCAGGGGACGAGAAGGGCACGUGUGUCCCGGGUGCCUUGGGAAGAGCAUUUCCAGCAGGUCAGGGGUGAUGCUGCCCCUCUGCUCAGCCCUGGCCAGGCCUCCCCUGGAGCAGGGUCCAGUUCUGGGCUCCUGGGAUGAGAGAGACUCAGAGAUCCUGGAGGAGAGCCACAAAGAUGGGCUGGGGAAGGGACCAUGUCUGUCCUGGGGACAGGCUGAGGGAGCUGGGGCUGUUCAGCAUCAAGAGGAGACACUGAGAGGGAACCAAGGCUGGGAGGGUGAUGCUGAGCAUCCAGGGGGAAUCUGUGCCUCAGUUUCCCCAGGAAGAGCUGGGUUGGAAGGCUGUCUUGGAGACCCUGAAUGCAGCCUGUUGUGGCAGCCAUCCCAUCCUCUCCUUCCCAGACUUCCAUGAAAGAAAAACAGGGCGAACACGGCUGGAUGCCAGAUGGCCGCUCGUCGUGGGACGACGCGGGGCUGAUUGUCAUCGGCAAUGAAAGUACAUCUGGGCACAUCUGGGGGGGGACCUGCAGGGCGUGAGGGCACAGCAGGCAGGGCAGGGGGCCUGCAGACUGCUGGGCUUUCCCCCAGCCAUGUUCCCCCAGGCUUUCCCAGCCCUGGGGAGCUCCCUCUGGUUUCUUCUUCCAGUUACCCUCUUGGAAAGGACACCCACGUUAAGGCACGGGGACAGCCAGGACGGCAGCCCUCUGACCCUCAGCACCAAGACACCGGACAUGGAGAAGGAUUGGCUGGAGGCAAACGGGAGCAGCCGGCCAGGCUCCUCCAGGGAAAAUGGCAUGGGACAGAACAGCGCGGCAUGGAACCUGGGACGGGGUGACCUGGGACGGAAGGGCAUGGGAUGGAAUGUGCCAUCGAGUAACAUGGGACAGAACGACGUGGAACAGAGUGGCCUGGGACAGAGCAAGGAUGAAGAGAGCAAGAUGAGCUCAAAGGUAGAGAUGCUCCCCCUCAGACAAUCCCUCCUUGGGGGUCUGCACCCCCAUCUUGCUGCCCUUAGACCAAGGUCUGGUUUAAGACCAAGCUCGCAGUGGCACAGGGGGCUUCCUUGAGGGAAAGGGCUGGAGUUUGGGGGGCAAGAGCUGGGACUGAAACAGUUCUCUGCUCGCUCAGGCUUCUCGCCGCUUUCGGAGGAGGAGUCAGAGUGGUUUCACCGCCUUGGGAAGGCAGCCAGGACCCCCUGGCACCCACGUCCCAGUCCACAGGAUGCAGUCAGUACAGGAGGAGUCAGGGGGUUCCACCACCUCGGGAAUGCAGCCAGGACGCCCUGGCACCCACAUCCCAGCCCACAGGAUACAGUCAGGAGAGGAGGAGUCAGGUGGUUUCACUGCCUUGGGAAUGCAGACAAGACCUCCUGGCACUCACAUCCCAGUCCGCAGGAUACAGGCAGUACAGGGCUAUCCAGGAUUCCAGAUCAUCCCAAGCCCAGCUGAGAACGAGGCUGGGACUAGCAGGUGAGUGCCAUAGGGACAGCAAUGGCUCGGGUGACAGCACUGGCCUUGUUCCCUCCAGCUGGGAUCCCUGGCACUGGAUCCAUUUAUCCACUGAUGGAACCAUGGGGAUGCUGAUGAUGGUUUCCUCCCACUAGCAGUAGGCACCCGACAUCCAAGGAGGCACACAGAGGAGGCAUCCCCAGGGUGGAGCCAGUCCCAGAUGAAGAUGGACUGUAGGUGACAAGUGGGGGGGACAGUGGCUUGUCCCCUGGCAGGGCUGGGACAAGCGGUGCCAGAGCUGGGUCGUGACCUGCCCUCCUGGCAGGGCGCAGGGAGGUCCUGGGUGCUGACCAAGGCCCAGGUGUGAGGGCUGGCUGGGAUGGCAGGUGUGGGAGCCUGUGCCCUCCACCUCCCUCCCUGUGUGCCCUGGGCAGCCACAAGCAGCCACCACAUUUUGGAGGUGUCAAUGGGACCGAGGUGAGCGUGUCCCAGGCUGGGAGCAUCCCAGCCCAGCAAGGGGUACAGGAACCUCCUUUUUGACUUUGCCACCAGCCCCAGUUCCCAUGGGACUGGGUUGCUCCUGGGAGAAAUUCCCAUAGAGGUGGGUUUUUGGACUUCCCUCUGUGGAUUCACCAUUGUCUAAUAUGAGCUGGAGCUUUGUCUCAGGUGGGACUCCACAAAUAGCCCAUUUCUCCCUUUAUUUUGUAGCCAGCCAGUGGGUUGGACUGUGCUGUGCUGGUGGUGGAGAAUCCAGAACCCCAUGAAUCCCCUGAAAAACUCCCUGCAGUGCUGUUCCCAGCACUUGGCUCUGCCUGCAAUCAGGGCUGUGUGUCCCAGGAGCUGCCCAGCCCUUUUCUCCCUGUUUUAGGAUGCUCCUAAGGGUGCCCUCUUCCGAGUACUCAUCUUGUGACCAGCUUACCCCUGGCCGGUGAGUGACACCAGCACUGGUGCAUGGGGGUGGCACAGGGGCAGGUGGGUGCUGGCGGUGCCCGGCAGUGUCAGGGGUGGCUCGUCUGGCCCCUGUCACCCACCUGUGGCCGCUGUCACCCUCCCCAGACCCUCUGGUACCCCGUGCACGCCACCGCCAUCCCCCGGCCUCUCUGCGCGCCGGCCCCGCAAGAAGCAACAGGAGCAGAGGGAGGAGGCAGCCGAGGGGCACCACCGCGGGUCCCCGAGGUACUGCGGCGGCAGACACACCAGCACCCUCCCCAGGCAGCCCAUGGAGUCCCUCCUUCCAGACCCCAACAAGGUAGGGCUGGGAAGGUGGGGAGACACAGCGGGGCCGGGAGGGUGAUGCCGAACGUCCGGGGGAGGAUCUAUGCUCGGUUUCCCCAAGAGGAGCCGGGUGGGGAUGCUUGCUUAGGGAUGCUGAAUGCAGCCCGGUGUGGCAGCCAGCCCGUCCCCUCCUUCCCAGCCCGGCGUGGUCGAACUGGUGGGCAAGGAUGGACUCGUGUACCGGGGCCGGACUGCCCCGGGGAUGGAAUCAGCACACGACUCCAGCUCGCAGAAAUAAAGGGUGACGAGCAGGCGAGCUCCUGUGCCUCCCGAGUGGAGCAGGAUCUUCUCUUCAUGCGUAAGGAGGGCCCGGCAGCAUCCCUCGUCCUGAGAACAGCCCCUGUGGAACCCCCCCAGGGUCUGUGUCAGCACCCCCUGGCCCCCACGAGCCCCCCUUGUGCCCUGCCAGGUGAGCCUGUGGCCCCAAAAGGGGUCUGGGACAGCAGCAGGAGGAGGAGGAGGAGCUCAUUUGCUGCUGGAGAAGGGGAAAUGGGGAGCUCGGUGGGAAGGGCAGCAGCAGAACACAGUUUGAUGCCAAAAGCAAAUCCCACCCCAAGGCGCUGGUUUGCCUCUCCCGGGAUGAGCACUGAGCUGCCUUCCUCAUCUCCAAGUGAAGAAACUCCCUCUGUCAGCCCUCGACCCUCCUGCAGUGCCCCCACUGACUGAAGGCACAAACCCCUCUGCUCCACCUCCAACCAAAACACCACAAGCCCAGCAGAGGGACACGUCCCCUCCUUUCCUCUGUGCCACCCCCAAGGCCUGGGGCUGCUUCUCCCCAGCCCCCCGUGCCACCCACCCCUCGCCGUGGAUGGGAGGAACCCCAGGGUGUGCUGACACCAAACCAGGCGUGUCACAAGAGGGGGGUACCGUGCAGGGAACCUCCGGCCCCUGGAGCAGCACGGGGGGACCGAGGGGUGUCACAGCUGGGGACACGUGGCUGUGUGUGCAGGGAGCCGGGGAUGUCCCCUCUGCACACAGGCAGUGACACUUCCUGGGAGGGACACAGAGCCGGAGGCACCUCUGGGGUGAGAAACCCAGAGGGGAACCCCAGAGGAACCCCAGAGCUUGCAGGGGACAUCCCCUGGGGGCUGCCCUGUGGAAACCCUGCCCUCCUGGCGGAUGUCCCCAAAGCUUCUCCCCACAGGGACAACCUCCAUCCCUGUCUGCUCCCCUGUGCUCCACAGGCAUCUCAGUUAAGGGAGUUCCCCCCGGAAUGUUCUCCCCGGUGGGUUUGGUUCUUCAGGGGAAACCCAGGUGCUCAAAACCUGCCUUGGGGGUACCGAGGAGGACACAGCAGGAUCUGGGAUCUCCCCAGUGCCACCUCCUGUGGGAUAACUGGGAACAUUCUGAGCAAACCACCAGAGCAGAGCCAACACAGAGCCACCCUGCACUCCUGCUUGGAGGGGCUUAAAAACAAACACGUUUGGGACCAAUUGCAUUUGGAGCACAUGGCCCAGAUGGGGUCACCUCCUCAGUGCUCAUCAUCAGCCCCUUCUGCUGCCCCCAGGAUCCAGAUGCAUCCUAUAAACAUCCCCACCCGUAAACACACCCCCAGCCCCAACACCCCAGCCUGGGGUGAUCUUUGGAGCAGGUAAGUCACCCCAAAUUUGGGUUAUAUGGGGUGACUUACCUGCUCCAAAGAUCAGAUGGUUAAAUGGGGGAUUUUUUCUCUUUUUUCUUUGGAGUUUGUGCCAUCCUGGGGAACCUCCCCAUCCCUCCAGGAAGCUCUGGACCCUGCCUUGAGCCUCCCUAUCUUUCAUGGCAUUUCCAAAGCUGCUGUGCUCCCGUUUUUGGGCUUUUACCCCACUGUUUGUUGUGUGGCCACAGGCCUGGCGAGCUCCCACAUCCUCUGGCUGGUGACCCAUCUGCAGAGGGGACACUCAGAGAUAUCAUCCCCUCCCCAAGUGUCCCUACAGUGCUGAGGCCUGGGGGGUGAUGGGGCUGGGGGCCCAGGUUGCUGGGGGGCUUUUGCAAGCUGUGAGAUUUUGGGGUACAGGCAGGAGCGUUGACUGCACCCCCUGGCACAUGGGGUGCAGUGCUGUGGUGCACAGCACCCCCAUGGCCCCAGGUCUUCCCCUCCCUCUGUCCCCCUCUUUGGGACAGCAGUGGUGCCUUGUGGAGGCAGAGAGCAAACUCAGUCCCGAUUGGUGAUGCUGCCUCAUAGAGAAGUCACCCCCAUUUUCAGUGCCCUGCCAGGGACACCCUCCCAACAGAGAGAAAAGGCGGGGACAGCUGGUGUUAAAAAAGUGAUUUUUUUUUUUAAAUUUUUAUUAUUUUUUUUUAAAUUAAUAAAAAACCUUCAACCUG